GUCGGGUGGGUGUACAGGGGUCGGUUCUGCCCCGAAAGCGGUGACCUUUCACAGUCCUAUCUACUCAGUACUCUGCUGCUGCCUCUCCUGCAACUGUCCGCCUGUUCAUGACUCCUGCGAACUCCUGUCCAUACAAACUAGUCAAGAAAAGUUGUGCCCAAAGUACACCACCGAACUUAGACAGUCAGUUGUUCCGCGAAUAUCUCUACCACCAAAGGUUCUGUCUGCCUUUGUCUGGAACCUUCAACCCUCUCUCCUUCCAGUCCCAUCUAUCGACAACCUCGGAGUCUGGAUAAGAGAUCCCCAGGUGGAGCUUGACCGCCGUUAUCAGGUACAACACCAAGCACGCUUUGUGCUCGUGUUUCCAUCCUUGAUCUACCACCACCAGUCUUGAAGGCGAGGGAUCAACAUGUUCUCGGAAUGUAAGAGGCAUCCAGAAGAAAACAUCCAGUCAUGCGUCUAGAACAAACUAACCCUUCCUCUAUAGAUGCCUCCCGAUUCCUAGCACAGUCGCAAUCGCGAUUCUCCAACUUUGGCGGGCAAGAUAACAACACCGAUACGCCCUCACGAAACCCCUCUGACCGAUCUCGUCGAUCUUCAAAUCAACCUCUGAGAAGUGCAUCAAGAGGCUAUGCCAACCGACUGGGGAAUCCAUAUCAAUCCAACUUCAACUUUGCCUCGCGGUAUAGCACAUCCGCUGCUCCAGACGCCCCAUUAUUCCAAAGCGCGUUGGAUGAGUUUCGAGAAGAAGACGAUGAAGAGGAACGGGAACGGGAAACGCGGGAUUAUUAUGCCUUGCAGAGAUCGCGAAGAGUGUUUCCGGUAACACUGGAAGAAAGUCAGGAGACGGAUCAUGCCAGUCAAGCUUCCGUGGAUGCAAGUAGAGAGGAGGGUGGGCGAUUAUUGGAAGAUCGGGGUCGGGGACGAGGGAUCAAGAGUAGUUGGAAUGGAGGAGGGCAUAGUACGAGAGAAAGAGGUCGACUUCCGGAGACCGUAGGGGAGGAGGCCGAAUACGAUUUGAGAGGGCGUAGUCAAGGAAGUAGUAAAGGAAAGGACCGGAUGGUAGAUGUUGGGUUGGAGUCUGUCAACGGGGAAAGCGAUGAUCCACCCGAAAGUCUGGCUGUGGAACAAUACCAAGAUGAUGAUAUUCCGCCAGCUUUUCAGAAUUUCCGACCAAAUUCAAAACCCGGAGCAAUAAAACUACAUACCGAUUCCCGAGAUCGUAACCUUCAGGCAAAAAUGGGAGCUAAUAUCCCUCGACCUCCUAGUUCGACUGAUACAACAGUUCCAGCGACGAUAGCGAAUGCCCUCGGAGAAGCACCAAGUCACGAUGUAUUCUUUGGUACGUUUUACCUGAUAUGCAUCGGAUCACUUUUUGCUACCUUUUUCCUCAUAUUCCUUCAUACAACGCCUGGUAAAAACCUAGGGGAUACCAUUUAUACCACCAUGCACUCCUCGUUUUACCUGUUAUCCGUGGAUACGGUGGUCUCAAUUAUUGUAUCAUUGGUCUGGUUGGCCUUAUUACGAUCAUUUGUGAGGAAUUUGGUCUAUCUCAUCGUACUGGCGGUGCCGAUAAUUCUGUUUUCUUUCUCACUGUAUCCUCUGAUCUCAAGUUACAGAGGCGACACCAGUGGAGUGAGUAUACAAGACAAGGCAAUGAGAUGGCUUUCAUUCAUUCCAUCAAUAUUUGCAGUCAUCUGGUUAUACACCUUGAUCAAAGGUCGCCAUUCUUUACACAAGGCCAUUGGAAUAUUGGAAUUUGCCGCCCGAAUACUCGCUGCCAAUACUGCACUUUUAGGAUUCGGUUUUGCUACUCUUGGAGCUAUUGUUGCAUGGACAUGGCUUUGGCUGGGAAUGUUUACCAGAAUCUUCCUUGGCGGACAUCAAAAGGAUACUUCACUCACUGGAUUCAUCAUCGAUGCCUCAAGUUGGUGGUUGGGAGCAUAUUUCGUUCUAAUGUACAUCUGGACACUCUCAAUCAUCAACGGUAUUCAACGCUCAACAACAGCCGCAACCGUCUCACAAUGGUAUUUCCAUCGUAACGCCGCCCCCGUUCUCGCCUCUAGAGAUGUCGUGUCUGCGGCUCUCACCCACGCAACCACCACCCUCUUUGGAACCAUUUGUCUCUCUACCUUACUGGCACUCUUAAUUCGUCUCCCACUUCUCAUUCUACCAAAGCGACUCGUGGGGAUAGCAAGCAUAUUCGCCUACCAACUCAUCCCAACUCCCAUCACGGCUCUCACCAACCCUCUCACAUUAACCUAUGCAGCAAUUCACUCCCAACCACUCACCGUCUCCGCACGAGGCUUGUCCCAAAUGUCCUUCCUCACCCCCCAAGCCCCCACCACAACCCUAACACCCCGCUCCUUCGCCUCUCGUACCAACAACCAAUCCGCCCCCCUCCUCCCUUACCGACUUGCUAAACUUCUUCUCCACGCUACGCGCUUCAUCAUGGCCAUGGCUCUCGGAUUCGGAGGCUGGGUCGCGACCGCUAAACAGUUGGCUAUCAGUGUUCCUGGUGGUGCAGGUAUUCGCGGGAGUGCGUAUGCGUACGUCAUUGGUCUCGUGGCUAGUUUCAUCGGAUGGGGAGUGCUUGGUGCUAUGGAGGGUGUGCUUUCCGGAAUCGUGGAUGCGAGUGUCGUUUGUUGGGGCAGUGAGAGGGGGAUGGUUGGUGGGGGUGCUUAUUGUCUUGAGGCGGGAUAUCUAUUUGGUGAUGGAGAGGAGGAUGGGAGGGUGUAGACUUGGUUAUCCUCAUUAGUUUUUUUCAUGGAAUGAAUGGUUCUGGUCGAAUCAGGUUGGGUCUUUGAUUGUGAUGAAGUUCUUAUGAGAUGGCUGCCCGCUGGCUUUCUUGCGGUGGAGGGAGGCGAGAGAUGGGGAAUUUGCUAUGUGAAACUUUGACUUUGAAUUUGUGGUCAUGUGUUGAGGUUUGGUGUUUGGUGUAGGAAUGGACUUGGGCUUGGGAUAUGGGGAUUUUCGGAUUGUGGAUUUUGAGUUUAGCGGGUUGUGAGGGGAAGACCUCUUAAGAAGCUUACGCUACGUUUCGGUAGCUUGUAAAGGGAGCUGGUAACGGUGGCGUAUAGUUGCUUACUUACUUGCAUAAAUACUUAUUUGCAUAAGUAAUUGCAUUCUUUGAUUUCCCUUUUUGCCAGCGUUUGAGCUGAGUUGAGUUAAGUUGAGUUGAGUUGAGUAGUAGCACCUACUUAACUCAACUCAGAGUAGUAUUUAGAUAUACUUGACUUAACUCGCUAAGUACUACUUAAGUAGUACGAAAUAUACUAGUAUAUUAAUUCGGGUUAGUUAGCCCCUUUAUAAACUAAGCUAGGAACAGCGUUCGGCACUUAGAAUACGAUUCUAAGGAUUCCAAGAUUCUAUUCUAAGGUAGAAUAUGUCACGAAUCACGUGCUCACGUGAUACUUGUCAUAAUAAGAGGCGCAACCCUCGACAGGCAUACCCAGGUUUCUUAUAGCAAAUAGGGAUCGCUUAGGGUAGCUAAGCGAUCCAGGGAUUUCCAUUGGUUAUGGUCACAUGAUUAAGUUGGAUCGCUGGAUCGCUCGGCGACCUAGCGAAACGGACCGCCAGCUCGACAGGCGAGUUGGCUACCCAGAUCAUAGUACUUGAGGAUGAAGGUUCUAUAUAAGACUGGCACGUCUGCCAUUAGAUAGGAGCUUCGUGCUCAACUUAGUUAUCAAUCUUAUCAUAUUUGUUUGACAUCUUUGAUACAAGUAACGAGUUCACUUCCAAGUGAACAACCCGAUAGUCUUCUUCUUAUCAUAGCAUACCAACCAGCGAACACCCAGCCAAGUUUAGUUAGCCAGUUUGAGUAUUCGUUACAGAAUAUUCCAAAGGCUCUCUAAUUUAGAAUAGAAUAUUCCAAAGGAUAAGGCAUUAGAAUUUAGAAUUCUAAAGUAUAUAUAUAUAUAUUACUUAUAAACCAAUAAGAGAGCUCUACUUGUUAUAAAAUAAGAACUAAAACUAUAAUUAUUCGACUAUUUACUCUUAGUAUAAGCACGUACCCUUAGUAUAUCUUAGUAGUACUAACUUAUAUAUAUUUACUCUAUAUAUUAUUUAACCUAUCUAAAUAGUAAUACUAAGGCUAAACCUAGUCUUCCGAUUAGUCGCUCGGACUAGAACUAUUAUUUUAUAAGUUACGUAGAAUUCUCAUUAGAAUUCUAAAUAUUCUAUAGAGGGGUCUUAGAAUAGAAUAGAAUUAUAAAUGCCGAAUGCUAACUAGGAAAUAAAGUAUUAUAUAUGUAUUUAUAUAUUCCUAUAAGAAGGACUUAUAGUAAGCGCUAAUAUUAAAUAUAGCUUAGUAUUUAACACUAUCUUACUAUAAGUAAUUAAGUAUAGGUUUUUAUAAAUAAGAAUAUAGAUAUAGAGAUAUAGGUACUACUAAAAGAUAUUAUAUUUAUUUAUUUAGUAACACCUUUUAAUAAUAAAGUAGGUAUACUAAGGAGUCCUCGAGUUAUUAAGUGCUUUACUCUAUCGCUACUUAUGAGUUUAGAUAGUUUUUUAGUAUUUGAGAUGGUAGGUUGGAGAUUAGAGAUUAGAGAUUCUUGAUUGUUGAUUGUUGAUUGUUGAUUAUUAAUGAGUUUAAGGUAAAGGAG